GGCCACCAUUCUCUGCUUCACUCAAUAUAGCUAUACUUAUUUCCAAGAAUGCCAGCGUCAACAACGAUACCCAUGAUCCUUCCUGCGGCGUCUCUGCAGCGACUUAAGGAGCUAGAGGACAGAAUUGUAUACAAGUAUUCACAGGAUCGAAUAGAUCAAGGCUUGGAUCAAGAUGGCAACGAGAUCGAGGAUCCUAUGCUGGAACAGUUUCGAGCAGGCGAAGAUGAUCAGACAUACAACAUCAAUAUGCAAUGGUUAUUGAAGCUUUUGGUCAAACUUGAAGAGUGUGCACCUUCCGAAGAAGACGAAGAAGGGCAAGCAGAAAUUAAUAACGACAAUGAGAGAGGCAGACCAACAAAGACCGAAACUGGCAUCAAAAGCAACAACAAACAAGAGACUGAGCAAGAGGCAGAAUACCGUUUACAACACCAUCUCCUCACCGAGAGGGUUUCGUCUUGUUUGACGCACUUUUGUGGACGAGCUGCAUCAGGAGCAAUGACUAGAACAUGGAGCUAUAAUACGAAUCCUCCACAGUCACUUCAAAUCCAUGAUCCAAGUUUUAUUGGUGGUGAUGUCGGCUUCAAAACCUUUGGCUCCGCAUACCUUCUGUCAAAACAUAUUGCUCAUGGUGAUAUUCCUCAACUCGAACCAUGGACAGCAACAACAUCAUCAACAUCAUCGCUUCCGCUACCCAAAAUACUAGAACUUGGCAGUGGCACUGGUUUGGUCGGAUUUGCUGCAGCCUUAUUUUCGAAUCCACGGGGACCCAAAGUCAUCUUAUCGGAUUAUCAUCCCAAUGUGAUCUCAACUUUACGUUACAACAGUACUUUGAACCAUCUUGAUGGACGAUGUGAAAUCCAACUACUGGACUGGCGUAAUGUCCUCCAAAAACGUAAACGUUGUUGUUUGGAUUCCUGGCAAUGCAAUCAUAAUAAUAAUGGCGAUGAUGAUAAUACGAAGAAGGAGGGCAAGGAGGAGGACAGGGGGGAAAAGGAGAGCGAGAAGGCUAAUAAUGGUUCAGGUCGACAAGUCAUCAAAGGGGAAAAUGCCACAAAACUUACCCAGCAUCGAUCAACAGAAUAUGAUAAUGUUGUCCCAAAUCCACUAGUGACUACUGGAUGUGUAUUUACAAAUACAGACAGUACAGCGAGCGCAACCAAUGAGAUACCAGAAAAGGAUCGCAUGGAUUUGAUCCUUGGUGCUGAGGUUGUUUAUGAUCAUGGACAUGCCGAAUUAGUGGCCCAUGUCGUGGACGAGUAUCUAAAACGGAAUCUGAUAUCAAAAGAUAAAACCAUUCCUCUGAGUCGUCGACGACCUGCCUUCCAUAUCAUGUUCCCGAUCCGAAAGACACAUGCAGAUGUGAUUGCCGAUUUUGAUUUCUGGAUGGAUAAGAUGGGCUUGGUUGACUGCCGUCAAGCUAAACAGUGGGGACGCGAGGACGGUGAAACUGUCUUCUUGUAUCAUUGGCGAGAGUAUGUCCGGAAGGAGCAUCUUGGCUGCUGA